AUGCUCACUUUAGAUCGGAGACGCCUAGCAGGGGCUGACUGGUCGAUCACGAGGGCGAAUGGUUCGAAUGUCACAUUCGGAUCGGAAGAACCAUUCGAGAUAUGGCGCGAGUUCCCGCGUUAUCGUCAGACAUUCGCCCUUACGCUUUCUCUCAGUGGUCGGCAAAAACUGCUAAAAGAGCUUUAUGCAAAGAGGUGCAGUGAUGGACCGCUGAAGAAAUCGGUCAAGCCAAUCACAAUAGAGGACGAUUCAUCAUUAUAUCCAGAGGAGUUCUUCUUUUUCAAGAAGUUUCUCCGAUUGUUUGCUGUUGGAAAGGUGAACGAAGCGAGAGGGCUACUCUUUGCGAAUCGGUUCACGUUUAUUAAAAAAAGUGCUGCAACGGUUCUUAGACGAGAGUCAAGAUGA